UUCUUUAUCAACAGCUCCCUCGAAGACAUAGGCAGACUCCGCGGCGGGAACGCACCCACUCUUUUCGCAGUUGCAGUCGUACUUCGAAUUCCGGAGCGUUUCCAAUGGAGGACAAGAUCUCUACAGCAGAGAAGAAGGUGCUUGUCGAGAUGGUGCGUUUGACCCAAAAGCGAGGAAUGAGAGGUAGUGAAGGAGACUGGAAGGAGUUUCUUAUCAGUCGUGACCCUAAGUUCGGGGCUAGCAUGUGCGACCCGUCUAAGAGGCCCAAUGAUUUGUUGAUUGCUUUUCUCAAGACAUUUAGCAAAGAGGAUGAUUUGAUGUUCUUGGAUAAAAUUCUCCAGUGUAACGAGAAGCGCAAUGUUGUGAAGCAAGUAUCGCAGAAAACUUCCGACAAUGAAUCACCCGAGCAGAGGCUGGUUCGGCUUACACUCGAACACCCACAGUAUCCAUUAGAAUAUUCAUUCCCAUCAUAUGAGAAGGGAUGGAUUGUUACAAAAUUCAGUCAAAAGUCUAAAGCACUGAAGUCAAAUGCAAUAUAUGCCAUUGAUUGUGAGAUGGUUCUCUGCGAAGAUGGAACUGAGAACUUGGUGAGGGUUUGCAUGGUGGAUCGCGACUUACAAGUGAAAAUUGAUGAACUUGUAAAUCCUAGAAAAGCAAUUAAGGACUACAGAACUGAUAUAACUGGAAUUUCUCCGGGGGAUUUGGAUGGAGUUACUUGUUCUUUGGUUGAUGUUCAGAGAUCCAUUACAAAAUUAUUGUCACAUGGAACUAUUUUGGCAGGCCACAGUCUGAACAAUGACCUGCAAGCACUUAAAUUAGAUCACACGAGGGUGAUUGACACUUCAUUUAUCUUCAAGUAUUCCAAUGGAUCUAUCUAUAGAAGACCUUCUUUGAAUAAGCUGUGUAAGUCUGUCUUGGGCUAUGAUCUUCGGGAGGAGGGUGCUUCACAUAAUUGUCUGGAUGAUGCUCGUGCUGCCAUGAAACUUGUUCUCGCAAAACUUGAGAGUAAAGCUGAUGAUGUGAUUGCUAUAGUUGAUGAGGAUACACCUCAAAUUGGUAUGGAGAAGUUACUUCUUCAUCGAAUACCGAUUAAUGUACCAAGUGAAGCAUUAGCUGGAGUUAUUCCUGGUGACUUCACCAUUGAACUCAAGCCACCUAAGAGAGGUCAAGGGGGGGAUAUAUACUCUGCAUUUGCGGUUUUUAAGAAUUCCAAGGAGGCACGACAAGCAUUCGAACAGAUUGAAGGUAACCCAAAUGAGGACUCAUCUGGACGCCCACAAAAGCUUGUCAGGUUUCAACGUUCAGGGUCCAUUGUCAGUAUCUUUGUUCGCACAAUGGGAGCAAAUGAUUUUGCUGAAAAAGUAUCAUCGAGAAAGAGGGACCUAGAGGUGAUUGAAAGCCUAGUAAUGUCCAAAAAACAGAAGACUGACCAGAAAAUUGAAAUGGAGACAAUUUCAAACUCGAGUAGAUGUUGCAACCAUGUGGAGGAGGUUGAAAGGUUGAAGCAAGAAUUGAAACAAAAGGAGGACUCGAGUCACUGUUGUGAUCACUUGAAAGAGGUUGAGAGCCUGAAAGAAGACUUGAGAAGGAAGGAUUAUGAACUUAGUAUCCUGCGUAAAGCUAUCACCGUGGGGAAGAAGGAAAACAGGAAGAGAAAAGGAAAGAAGUAAAUUUUGCUCUGGAUCAACUCUAUCUUCUUCUGAUUAAUUUUUUACUUGGAAGGCGUUGGGGAAGUUAUGCAAAGACUCGGAUUCAGUGUUGUAGAUUAUUUAGUCUCGGUUGUCUUUAAUUUUGUUGAGGCAGUCUUAUCUCAGACAGAUGAAAUGCAUCAGAGAAGGAUAUAAUCCAGUGUCAUAUUAUAUGUGUGAAAUAUCAACCUCGAGUCACAUAGAGAGUGGGUUAUAUCGAAUCUAGAAUGUUACCUAGUCUAAAUGCAUGACACCUCAUCCAUAA